AUGAGACCUUUUAACGACUGUGGCUGGACCCAGAGGUCGCGCCUUCGUUCGAGCAUCGAGCUCCUUCGGCCACGCGCUCCGCACCACCUGCUCGGACGCGCACCUCUGCUCUCCGGCGCCGGCUGCGGCGUCGCUGGCUGUCGGCGUCGCACUCCGACGGCGCUGGCACCGACCCUCUCCCUCGCGGCGCCCUCGUCUUCGUUUGCGGCCGGCCCCGAGCUGUCGGUGUUCGAGCUGUGCGCUGACGGCCGCGUCACGCCGUACCAGAGCACGCUCACGUCGAUGCACACGCGCCUCGGUGUCCGGCUCUCGGCUCGCGACGUGCGGCUGCUGCGCUCCUCGACGCCGGUGCUCGCGGUGCGGCCCGGUUUCGUGCUCUUUGACCUCGGCGAGGCCAAGGGCGUGCUGCUGCACGACCGGGUGGUGAUGGUGGGGUCGGACCGGCAGAAGGUGCGCACCAUCGGCGAGGAGGUGCAGCACCGCCUCGACGCCCUCUCGCGCGCCGACGGCGCCGAGGAGUACCCGUUUGAGGCUGUGUACGAGCUCUCCUUCACGCUGCUCGAGCAUCCGACUCGCGCCGAGGCGCCGCGCGGCCGGCGAGAAGCCUCUGCGACGCGCCACGGCCAGCGCUCACGCGCCGCGCCGGUGCGGGUAGGCGCCGCCCUCGGCCAGCUGCUGCCGCUCCAGAUCUCGCUCAACGACCUCCGGACGCGUGCGCGCCGGCUGACGGAGAUCCUGCAGGAGGACGAGCUGGCGGGCAUGUGCCUCUCCCUCCUCGAGCGGAGGAAGCAGUCUGUGCCGCCCGCCGGCAUCGCAACCGCUGCCGCGACCGCCGCCUCCUCCACUGCCGCCGACGUGUCGGCGGCGGCGGCGAUCGGGGCGGGCGGCGCGGCGGACGGUGGCGCGGCGGCAGUUGCGCGCGAGGGGAGAGACGCGGAUACAGAGUCGGAGGCGGAGGCGGAGGCGGAGGCGGCGGCGGCGGCGCUGCUCGAGGCGGAGGAGGAGGAGGCGGAGGCGGAGGCGGAGGUGGUGGAGACGCUGCUCGACGUGUACCUCGCGCGGCUCGAGGCGCUGAACGACCGUGUCGAGAGGCUGGCCGCCAACAUCGAGACGACGCAGGGCGUGCUCGAGCUCACCCUCGACAACGAGCGCAACCGCAUCGCGCGGCGCCCGAGCCGCCCCCGCGGCCACGCAGGCCUUCGGCGAGGGGUCGGGCGAGGCUCACGCGUCCUCUCCCCGCCCCGCAGGCUCGAGCUCCUCCUGUCGAUGGCGGGGCUCGCGGUCGGCGCCUCAGCCGCCGUCUCCGGCUUCUUCGGGAUGAACCUCGUCUCCGGCCUCGAGGCGGCGGCGCGCGGCUUCCUCACGACCGUUGUCUGCUCGCUCGGCCUCUCGGCCUCCAUCUUCGCCGCCUGCUGGCGCCGCUUCCGCUCCGUCUCUCGCGAGCAGCGGUCGCGGCUCAACGACGUCCAGGCGCUCAAGUCGGUGCUCGCGAGCCUCGACACCGUCGGGCUGCUGCUCCGCUCGCGGCCGCCGCUGCCCGCGGACCCGAGCAGGCUCAAGUUCGAGCUGCAGUCGCUGCUCGCUUCCUCGGGGUUGCCACGCUUCGGCGCGCCGCCCGCCCGCGCUCCCCGGCCGCACCCCCGUCGGUGCAGCCGCCGAACGGUCCCCGCGCGCGCUUCCGGCUUGCCUCAGGAGCGAAGGAGCUCGCGCUGCUCGGCUCGAUCCUCUCCCGACAGCGCGAGGCGGAAGAGACGCACCCGACCGGCGACAUGGACGCAGUGCAGGGGCCGCAGUGGGCGUGGAGCAAGACGCCCUUCGGGGGCGGUUAGGCUUAGGAGGCUGCCACAGACGACUGAAGUUAAAGGACAAAGAGAGAGCUUACAGCGUUGUCCGCGUGAGUGGCAUUGCUAAAUGCGGCAUGAGGCAUAGUCGAAUACGGGCGUACAUGUUUGGA